CAAUACAACAAGAAAGCUCAGCCGGCUGUGCAGAAAUUGGCUACAAAUUUAUAAAAUAAUUUAAAAACGUCAAUUAAUAUUGACAUCUAAAGAUUGUUUAGAGGUGUACAAGUAAUAAUAAACCAAUAAAAUUACAGAAAUGGCAGAUCCACGUAUUAGGCAGCUGGUUAUUAAAACGGGUGUUGUGAAGCGCCUGGCCAAGGAGAAGACAGUUUAUGAGAAGGAGAUAAACACAGAGCUGGCUCGUCUGGAUAAAUUCAAAAAUGAAGGCGCCGAUGAUCAUGUGCUGCGCAAACAGGAAGAGGUGAUACAGGAGUGCCAAAUGAUGAUACCAGACUCAAAGCGCAGAUUGCAAAAGGAGUUCGAAGUGCUGCAAAAAUAUUUACAGGAUGAACUGGAUCUCAAAGAAACGGAGGCCUACACAAAAGCUUCUGAGGUGCUAGUAGAAGCCGAAUCUGCGCUAAAAUCGUAGGCUGUCAGCUGAUUCUAUGCAGCCACAUAAUAAUCUUACUCUUCCCUGUUAAAAUUCAAUACAAGCACGCCACUCUUAAUAAAACUAUUUGCAACGUUAA